AUGCCGCCGAAGAUUACUUUGAUAAUUAUCAUAUUAUUGCUUUUGAUACGAUUAUUAAUUGAAGUAAAUUGCCAAAAGGCUUUUAAGCCACCACAACGAUACCUUCAUACUGCUACAUUUAUCGAUAACAAGUUAUACGUAUUGGGUGGUCGAAAUGAUGAUGGUGAUGAACUUGUUGGAAAGCAAUUCUUUUAUCUUGAUGUAACUGCUUCGUUUAAUGCAAAAGCAUUAUUAUGGAUUGACAUGACUGGUAAUAAUAUCAUUCCAUCUCAUAAUAGUGCCACAUCUGUUAAAGGCGGUAUAAACAAUAAUACUUUGAUUUUAUUUGGAGGAAUUCCUUACAAUAAUAAGCAAUCAAUGGAUUUGGUAUAUAGAUAUGAUACACAAAUUAACUUAUGGCUCUCUCCAAACAUUACUGGAAAAGAUAUAAUCGGCACAAGUGGGUUGACAGGCAUUUUCAAUAAUGGAAAGAUAUAUUUGUUCGGUGGAAAGGCAAGUGAUGAAGUUGUUAAUGAUAUGCCUAUUUUUGAUACAAUAAGUUUGAUCUGGGGAAAAGCAAGUUUAAUUAAUGCACCGACUUCAAGAUUUGAUUAUGGUGCAACUCUUCUACCGGAUCAACGCAUUAUUUAUUUAGGUGGAUAUAAUAACGGACCUUUACCGUUAAAUGAGGUUUAUUUAUAUGAUACAAUUAAUAAUGCUUGGGCCACGAUGACAACUUCUGGAACAAUUCCUUCUGAUAGAUUUGGCUUUUCUGUCGUUCUUGGAUUGGAUGGACGACGAAUAAUAAUUUAUGGAGGAUAUAAACUUGGGUCACUUGAUCCCCUUUAUGUAUUAGAUUUAACAAAUUUCAAAUGUAAUAAUGAUGAAUAUAAAUGGAUCGACGUACUUCCAUUAUCACCUUCAUUAUCACCUACAUUAACAUCGAAGGCACAACAGUCUAAGAUGCCAAUUAUAAUUGGUGCAGUUGUAGGUGGUGGGUUGGUAUUUUCAUUAUUGGGUGGAAUUUUUGUAUAUAAAUGGAAUAAAAAGAAAAAAGAAGAUAUAAAAGUGAUACCAACUCCUGGAGAUGAAGAAAGUAAUAUUAAAGAACAAGGCCAUGAAAUAAUCUCAACAACUCAAAAAAUGCAUAAUCAUGGACAAGAAUCUAUUUCGCAAAUACCUGAAAAUGAAAAUGAAAAUUUAACAAAUAAAAAGAAUAUUGACCUGGAGAAUUUUAAAAACGAAAUGCUUCAAACGGUUAAAAAAGAGUCAAAAUUUAAACGCGAGAAACGGGCACAUCAUAGUGAACAAACUUCUAACACAAACUAUAAGAGUUAG